AGCCGUCCAAUACCGCUCACAGAAAUACCCAGUAUGAAGGAUCAUCGAGGAGGAUGGCUGCGCGCCGUGCUACCUCUGAUAACGUUUCUCUUGCAUCAGACAGAAUGUGCGGCCAAGAACGGAAGAUCUGUAGUGGAACACCAUCCGUCCUCUUACUGGGAGCAACCCUUUAGUCAGCCUUACUUCGACAACACGACAAAGAGGGAGACCACAACUACCGUCGGGCAAUCCGCUUACCUGCACUGCAGGGUGCGCAAUCUUGGCGAUCGUGCGGUUUCGUGGAUCAGACAGCGAGAUUUGCAUAUUCUCACUGUCGGCAUCCUAACAUACACGAACGACCAGCGUUUUCAAUCGUUGCACAGCGAUGGCAGCGAUGAGUGGACCCUGAAAAUCAGUUCGCCGCAAGUGCGAGACAGCGGAAUCUACGAAUGCCAGGUUUCGACGGAGCCCAAAAUUAGUCAAGCUUUCAACUUGAGCGUAGUAGUCUCGAAGGCAAAGAUCAACGGCAAUUCGGAGCUCUACAUCAAAAGCGGGAGUGACAUCAAUCUGACCUGCAUCGUGCUGCAAACGCCGGAACCACCAUCCUUCAUCUAUUGGUACAAAGGCGAUAACGUGAUAAACUAUAGUCAACGCGGGGGCAUUAGUGUCGUGACGGAAAAGCAAACGCGAACGUCACGUCUUCUGAUCAGCAGAGCGCUGCCAGCCGAUUCCGGCAAUUACACCUGUGCGCCAUCCACAGCCGAGUCAGCCAGCGUUCUUGUCCACGUGCUCAAUGGGGAACAUCCGGCGGCCAUGCAGCACGGAAACUCUAGCAACAGCGGCGCGGCCACGCGGACGCUCGCGUUGCUCCUGUUGCUCCUGCACGCCGGCUCCUUCGCGAGGUGACUGGUCGAUCACGAGGCACUGCAGUAAGAGAGUAACGGCCGAUAGUUUCACCCAAAUAAGAUCGGGGCGACGACGAGGAUGGUGCGAAAGAGGAGAGAUCAGGAGGGGAAGGACGGACGGGAGCACCA